AUGAAAGUCGAAAAUAUUUUCAUCCUCUUUUCCUACAUCACAGGCUGUGCAGCCUUGGCUAAGCCCAAACUCGUGCGCGAAGUCGACGUCGCUAUCGUUGGUGGCGGCGCGACCGGUGCUUAUGCCGCUGUUAGACUCCGAGAGGAUUAUGGCAAGUCUGUGUUGGUCAUUGAGAAAGAAGACAAGCUUGGUGGCCAUGUUCAUGCAUACAAGCCAAGCGCCAAUGAUAGACCCAUCAAUUACGGCGUCCAGGCAUAUCUGAACCGAGAAGCAACUAAGGCCUUCUUCAAGCGUUUCGACGUUGGUCUGGUUGACCCGGAUCUACAGAGCGGUGCCAGUCUUCUCUUCGGCACCAAAAACAUCGACUUCAACACCGGCAAGCAAGUUGAUGUUGACUAUGGACUGCCCAACGCAACCAUCGCAUUGAUUGAGUAUGCUGCACUCGCCACCAAGUAUCAGCCAUAUUUUGAGAACGGCUACUUUAAGCAAGGCGACAUCCCCAGUGAUCUGCUCUUGCCCUUUGGAGAAUUUCUCAACAAAUAUGGAAUGGGAAGCUCCCUGGCUGUUCUCCGCACUCUUAUCUGGCUCUCUGAUGCUGUGAACACUCCAACUUGGUUUGUCAUGGCGGUAGUCGGACAGCCUCAACUGGCCGCUCUAGGCGGGUUUGGUCUGGCUGGUCCGACUUUCAAGUAUCCCGCGACAUCUUCUUCGCAAACCCUCUUUGAUCGAGUCCUUGAGCUUAUGAAAGACGAUGUUUUACUCAAGAGCACCUUGGUCUCCAGUCGUCGCAGUAAAAGCGGCGUUGAGCUGGUCGUGCAAACGCCAGACGGCCAACAACGCGUCAAGGCCAAGAAGCUGCUAUUCGCAGCUACUCCUUCUCCUGACAAUGUCGGAUCUUGGGAUCUUGAUAAGAAUGAAAAGUCCCUCUUCUCCAAGUUCUCUUGGGAGACAUUGUAUGUCAGUGUUGUCGGCAAGACUAACCUGCCAUCUGACGUUCCCGGUAUUCGCAACGCACCAGAUAACGCGACAAACUUCUACCUCCCACGAGGCGACUUUGCCGACGCGUAUACCCGUGCUGGAAAGAAUGAUCUCUUUACUACUCGUGUUCUGGGCAAUGAUCGUCUCACUGCCAACAAGGCAAAGGAUCUGAUCAAACAAACAUUCACGAGAAUUGAUGAGGCGGGAACGUAUGAUACUACGAGCCCUGAGAUCCUGGCAUUUGCAUCGCAUGGACUUACGGUGCCCAAGGUAUCGUCUGAUGAGCUGAAGACUGGAUUCUAUCGGAAGCUUUACGCGUUGCAGGGUCAGCGAAACACGUUCUGGACUGGACUUACUUGGGCGCCGGAUUAUACUCCUAUUCUUUGGGACUUCACUGAGAAGUUGUUUCCUCAGAUUCUGGCUGAUAUUUGA